AGUCACAAGUCACAAACAAGAUUAUUCUAUACACGUAAUAGCUGAAAUACACGUUACCUGUAAAAACAAGAACCCUUCAACCUCGAAAGUCUGAAUGUAGGAAUAAGAAAUAGAAUCGAAGUUUCUACACUUCGGUGGCAAUUUCACAAAUACUUGGUGCGAUGGCUGAAGACGGUGCCGUCACGCUCUACAAUAGCAUCGCCAUCACAGACGCCAAGACAAGCCCAUUUUCCCUCAAGGCUGGGCUGACCCAAAUACUACGCGGCGGAGCCAUUGUCGAUGUCACAAACGCCGAACAUGCCAAGAUCGCCGAACAGGCUGGUGCAUGUUGUCUCAUUGUCUCGGACCCAUCUCAACAAGGCAUUACUCGCAUGCCAGACCCGUCUCUCAUCAAGGAAAUCAAGCGCGUCGUUUCGAUCCCCAUAAUGGUCAGAGCCCGUGUCGGCCAUUUCGUCGAGGCCCAGAUUCUCGAAGCCGUUGGGGUCGAUUACAUCGACGAGAGCGAAGCUAUUGCUCUUGCAGACGAGGACAAUUUCAUCAACAAGCACAACUUCCGUUGCCCAUUUGUUUGUGGGAGUGAGAACCUCGGUGAAGCGUUGAGCAGAGUGAGAGAAGGUGCGGCUAUGAUAAGGAUUCAAGGGGAUUUAUCUGGGUCUGGAAAUGUAGCGAAAACCGUCAAGAAUGUGAGGGCUGUAAUGGGUCAGAUAAGGAUCUUGAAUAACAUGGAUGAAGACGAAGUUUUCGCCUUUUCGAAGACCAUAAGGGCACCCUAUGAUCUCGUGGCUCAAACCAAGCAAAUGGGCAGGCUGCCAGUGGUUCAAUUUGCCGCCGGAGGGAUCGUGACUCCGGCCGACGCGGCGCUGAUGAUGCAAUUAGGCUGCGAUGGCGUGAUCUUGGAUUCUGAGAUUUUCAAUUGCUCGGAUCCGUAUAAGCGUGUUCGGGGCAUAAUUCAAGCUGUCAGGCAUUACAAUGAUCCACAUGUGUUGGUGGAGACUAGCUCUGGGUUGGAGGAUAGCAAUGCUAAUCUGAAUCUCAGUGAGGACAGGAUCGAACACUUUGCACAUGAAAGUGCUUAGUGGGUGCAAGAAUCAUUGUAAUGUAUCUCUUGUCUGUUUCUGAGCGCAGCAUGUGGGGUUGUGUUUUUGUGUUGUAGGAUAAUAUGUUGUUGAGCAUAUGAGUCUCUUUGGUUUUGGUACUAAUAUGAUGUAGAGGGUACUAGCCACUAGGUCUGUCUUGUUGUUUUGCUCAUCACUGUAACCAUGAAUCUGAUGUGAAUGCUAUAUGCUGCAUAUGAUUCCGUGGAAAUAUAGAAAUGAAAUAAUAUAGUUGGUUAUUCAACU